GAUUCCACACACUGCAGUGAGAUAAGAACCACAAAACCGUAACUUCCGAGGGUGGAAUCCUUUCCGAGGGGUUGGCAGCCCUGCUAAUGUUUUGGAGUAGAGUGUAAGAUGGCCACUUGAGAGUCUCGGAUUUGUUUACGUGCCUCUAUCCCCCGUCAAAUGGCUGUGUCCUGCCCAACAUGGAGACUUUCGACUAGUCUCGAGGAAAGAUGAUGAAGAAAGUGAGCUUGUCGCAGCUACUGAGCCGCAGCAGCGCCUCCUCCUCCUCCUUCGGGAGGAGGAGGGCGAGCAGUGCCAAUGGUGAAGUGUUGUUGGUGGUGGGGGGCGGCGGCGGGGGUUCCGCCCCUCCUACCGCCCCUACUUCUUCUUCUUCCACAUCUUCGCCCUCUCCCCCUUCCUCUUACGAUCCCUCCAUCAUCAGCAGCAGCAGCAACAAGAAGAAGUCCAAGAGCGGCAUCCUGCAGACGCUGAAGAAGAAGAUCACGGGCAAGUUGGACACCUUGCAGAACGCCACCUCCUCCUCCAAUACCACCACCAACACCUCCGCCUCCACCCCGAAGAAGAGUAAGAGCUUCGAGGGCCUCUCCAACAGCUUCGGGGAGUCCUUCUCCCAGUCGGUGAGUGAGGAGUCCUCCAGCGAUGGCCUCAACGCUAGUGGCGGCGGCGGCGGUGGUGGGGGUGGGGUAGGAGGGCAGCAGCAGUCACACAAGGGCAAGCACAGCAAACGCCGCGCCAUACGGCCCAUGCAGACGACAGUUGCCCGCCAGAAUUCCUCGUCCCACAUCCUCACGGACUCUGAGUCAGAGGCGCUGCUGAAGCUAGGCCAUGGCGGAGGAGAACUGUUGGUGAAGUCCUCCAACAAAAUCAACGAGGGUUCGGUGGUGGUGGCGUCGUCCCAGUCCGUUAACAAGUCCAGUUACAUAUCAGACUCGUCUUCGACGACGGUUCUGUCCGACAGCCUCAAGACCAAGUUUGGCGGCAGCGGGCACGACCACCCUCCGACCAAGAUAAACGUUCCCCAGGUGUUAGUGGAAAAUGUCAGUAGUGGCGAGCGGCCGGAGUGCGUAACCAAUAGGAGUGCGAGGCCAAACGCCAUUUCGGAGACGUCGUCUCCCCAGUCGAACAGAUCAGGCUGCGGUGACUUGUGGGAGUUACAGAGUUCGAACUUAGAUGCCAGCAAGAGGAGUCUCGCGGAGGAACUUUUCCGUCUGGCAAAGUACGGAUGGUAUUGGGGACCAAUAACGCGAGCCGAGGCAGAGGAGAAACUGAUGGACCAACCAGACGGGGCCUUCCUAGUACGAGACUCAUCUGACGACAAAUACCUUUUGAGUUUGAGCUUCCGAUCUUUCAACAAGACCUUACACACAAGGAUUGAGCAUAGCAAUGGUUGGUUCAGUUUCUAUCCUCAUCCUGAACAUGAGGGUCACACUAGUUUAGUUGGACUCAUAGACCACUGUAUGAGCCACUCAGAGUCAGGAGUUUUCUGCUACUCUCGUGCAAGACUUCCUGGGUCGCCGUCCUUUCCUGUGCGGCUCACAAAAGCGGUAUCUAGGUUCACUCAGGUCCGGUCUUUACAGUACCUGUGUCGCUUUGUGAUUAGGCAGUACACUCGAGUAGAUCACAUCCAAGCCUUACCUCUUCCAACAAGAAUCAAAGGAUAUCUAGAAGAAGGACACUUCUAAGCUAGCGACGGAUGAGUGUGUUCCUUUGUCAUCAGUUCAUAUGUAUGAAGCUUGCUUUUGUUACUCUUUCAAACAUAAGUGAAGGCGCAUGUUCUUUUGCCUUAAAGCAAAUGCUUGUGAUUUUUGAUAUGUGGGUGCAGUGAGGUUAUUGACUUUGCAAUUGUUUUUUUUUUUUUUUUUUUCAACCGUUAGCCUCAGUCUAGAAAAAUGACAAACUUCAGUUGCCAUUAUCAGUGUAGAAUAUCUUAUUAUUGUUUGGGAAGAUGUGACGUGUAUUUUUUUUUUCCAAAAGAAAACGCAUUUCAAGCUCAGCAAAAAAAAAAAAAUGCUUUCAGUAUUUCUUUUAUUUAUUUGCUGCACUUAUUUCUACCGAUAUGAUUGAUAUGCUUUAGGUCUUAAGUCCUUGUCUGUCUUUUUUUUUUUUUUUGUAUAUUUUUAUUCAAGACUUUAUUGGAUAUAUGUUGUUAACUCUUUCAAAGUUUUUGUGUUGCUUAAUAUUCUAGAUGAAGCCUGUUUUAAGGUCAACAGAUGUAUUUGAUUAGUCAGUUAUUGUAAUGUGUAAAAAAAACAGAAUUGAUACCUAUGAAUAGUAGUUCAGUUAUGCAAGUUUAAAGGUUGCAAGAAUACCAGUGAAAUGUAUAUCUGUCUAUACAAUCAUGAAAGUGUUAUAUAUUGUAUAUAAAUUUUAAGAAAAGCUUU